AAAUAGAAUCCAAUCUCGUGUAUUACAUAUACUGGGCAAUUGCAACGAGGCGAGGUGAAGCGAUGGAUGCGGUUGUAAUUUCAUUCUACAUACAAGCUUGUAGUCACGAUAAUUGUUUGCAAGCGUAGUGUUUCUAGCGUGGGCGUAAGCCACAUUCGAGGCGGAGAGGACAAUUUGUUGUGAAACAAUGUCGAUACCACCAUAUCUAUUGGGGCCCAACCCUUGGGCCACGAUGAUGGCUCAACAACAAGCACAUGCACAGCUUGCUGCUGCGCAAGCUCAUGCGCAAGCAGCAGCUCAUGCACAAGCAGCACAUCAUGCACACUUGCAUGCCAUGGCUGGACCUCCAUUACCACAAAUACCUAAGCAGCCUGAAGUACUUUCUGAGGACAAACUGCAGGAAAAGGCUCAGAAAUGGCAGCAACUCCAAUCAAAGAGAUUUGCUGAGAAACGCAAGUUUGGCUUUGUUGAUGCACAGAAGGAGGAUAUGCCUCCAGAACAUAUAAGAAAAAUUAUUCGUGAUCAUGGCGAUAUGAGCAGCAGGAAAUAUAGACAUGACAAGCGUGUUUAUUUAGGAGCUCUGAAGUACAUGCCACAUGCUGUCAUGAAACUGUUGGAAAAUAUGCCAAUGCCUUGGGAACAAAUCCGUGAUGUAAAAGUAUUGUAUCACAUUACAGGAGCCAUUACAUUUGUGAACGAAAUUCCCUGGGUUAUUGAACCAGUUUAUAUUGCUCAAUGGGGAACUAUGUGGAUAAUGAUGCGACGAGAAAAAAGAGAUCGUCGUCACUUCAAAAGAAUGAGAUUUCCACCUUUCGAUGACGAAGAACCACCACUGGAUUAUGCGGACAACGUCUUGGAUGUUGAACCUCUCGAAGCUAUUCAAAUUGAACUAGACUCCGAAGAAGAUGAAUCUGUUGCAUCCUGGUUUUACGAGCACAAGCCACUUGUUGGUACAAAACACGUCAAUGGGUCGACCUACCGUCGUUGGAAUUUAUCGUUACCGCAAAUGGCGACACUUUAUCGACUAGCAAAUCAACUUCUAACUGAUCUAGUGGAUCAGAAUUUCUUUUACCUUUUUGAUCCAAAGUCAUUCUUCACUGCAAAGGCUUUAAACAUGGCUAUUCCUGGUGGACCAAAAUUCGAGCCUUUGGUUAAAGACUCAAACGCGGCUGAUGAAGACUGGAACGAGUUUAAUGACAUUAACAAAAUUAUUAUUCGACAACCUAUUCGUACUGAAUACCGAAUUGCCUUUCCGUACUUGUACAACAACAUGCCGCACUUCGUACACCUCUCCUGGUAUCAUGCGCCGAAUGUUGUUUACAUAAAAACGGAAGAUCCUGACCUACCGGCAUUCUACUUCGAUCCUUUGAUCAAUCCAAUUUCUCACAGAAAUUCUUUAAAGACAGUGGAACCUCAAAUUGAGGACGACGAAGAUUACGUACUUCCGGAGGAAGUUCAACCAUUUCUUCAAGAAACACCCUUAUAUACAGACAAUACAGCAAAUGGUAUAGCUCUUCUCUGGGCGCCUAGGCCUUUCAAUACACGUUCUGGUAGGACACGACGAGCCAUCGACAUUCCGUUAGUGAAGUCCUGGUACCGAGAACACUGUCCACCUGGUCAACCUGUGAAAGUUCGCGUCAGUUAUCAAAAACUACUGAAGUACUUUGUACUGAAUGCUCUAAAGCAUCGACCGCCAAAACCACAGAAGAAGCGGUACUUAUUCCGUUCCUUCAAGUCAACAAAAUUUUUCCAAACAACAACAAUAGACUGGGUUGAAGCUGGAUUACAAGUUUGUCGUCAAGGAUACAACAUGUUGAAUCUUCUCAUUCAUCGAAAGAAUCUUAACUAUCUCCAUUUAGAUUACAACUUCAAUCUUAAGCCUGUGAAAACAUUGACUACCAAGGAAAGAAAAAAAUCUCGUUUCGGAAACGCUUUUCAUUUAUGCCGUGAAAUCCUCAGAUUAACUAAAUUGAUCAUUGACUCUCACGUACAGUACAGAUUGAACAAUGUUGAUGCUUUUCAAUUGGCUGACGGGCUUCAAUACAUUUUUGCUCACGUUGGACAGCUUACUGGAAUGUAUCGGUAUAAAUACAAAUUGAUGAGACAAAUCAGAAUGUGCAAAGAUCUAAAGCAUUUGAUAUACUAUCGGUUUAAUACCGGUCCCGUGGGUAAAGGUCCAGGCUGUGGAUUCUGGGCACCAGGAUGGCGCGUUUGGCUCUUCUUCAUGCGAGGUAUCACUCCUCUCUUGGAACGGUGGUUGGGUAACCUCCUCUCAAGACAAUUCGAGGGUAGACAUUCCAAGGGUGUUGCAAAAACUGUGACAAAACAGCGCGUAGAGUCGCACUUCGAUCUGGAACUUCGCGCAUCCGUGAUGCACGACAUCGUCGAUAUGAUGCCAGAAGGAAUAAAGCAGAACAAAGCCAGAACAAUUCUGCAACAUCUCAGCGAAGCAUGGAGAUGUUGGAAAGCUAAUAUCCCUUGGAAGGUACCAGGGUUACCAAUUCCAAUUGAGAAUAUGAUCCUUCGUUAUGUCAAGAUGAAGGCAGACUGGUGGACCAACACUGCCCAUUACAAUCGUGAGAGGAUAAGGCGUGGUGCCACUGUCGAUAAGACUGUGUGCAAAAAGAACCUGGGCCGACUGACUCGACUUUACUUGAAAGCUGAACAGGAACGUCAGCAUAAUUACUUGAAGGAUGGUCCUUAUAUCUCCCCAGAAGAGGCUGUAGCCAUUUAUACAACCACUGUUCACUGGCUGGAAUCAAGACGCUUUGCGCCUAUUCCUUUCCCGCCUCUGUCGUACAAACACGAUACGAAACUUCUUAUCCUAGCAUUGGAGAGACUCAAGGAAGCUUAUAGUGUCAAAUCCAGGCUUAAUCAAAGCCAGCGCGAGGAACUUGGUCUUAUCGAGCAAGCUUAUGAUAAUCCGCACGAAGCUCUGUCUAGGAUUAAACGUCACCUGCUCACCCAGAGAGCAUUCAAGGAAGUUGGAAUAGAAUUCAUGGACCUCUACAGCCAUUUGAUCCCAGUCUAUGAUGUUGAACCUCUUGAAAAGAUUACGGAUGCUUACCUGGACCAGUAUCUCUGGUACGAAGCGGAUAAGAGAAAACUUUUUCCACCGUGGGUUAAGCCAUCUGAUACCGAACCGCCGCCGUUGCUCGUCUACAAAUGGUGUCAGGGUAUCAACAAUCUUCAGGAAGUCUGGGAUGUGAGCGAAGGCGAAUGCAACGUCCUUCUAGAGUCGAAAUUCGAAAAGCUCUACGAGAAGAUUGAUUUGACGCUUCUAAAUAGGUUAAUGAGACUCAUUGUUGAUCAUAACAUAGCUGAUUAUAUCUCGGCAAAGAAUAACGUGGUGAUUAAUUACAAGGAUAUGAACCACACUAAUAGUUAUGGAAUAAUCAGAGGACUUCAGUUUGCAUCCUUCAUAGCUCAGUAUUACGGUCUGGUGCUGGACCUUUUAGUUUUGGGAUUGCAAAGAGCAAGUGAAAUGGCUGGACCACCUCAGAUGCCAAAUGAUUUCCUAACGUUCCAGGAUGUCGCAUCCGAAACAGCACAUCCUAUUCGGCUGUAUUGUCGAUACGUAGAUAGGAUACAUCUAUUCUUGAGAUUUUCUGCAGAAGAGGCCCGUGAUUUAAUUCAACGUUAUCUCACGGAACAUCCUGAUCCUAAUAACGAGAAUAUUGUCGGCUACAAUAACAAGAAGUGCUGGCCUCGGGAUGCUAGGAUGCGGCUCAUGAAACACGACGUGAAUCUUGGUCGUGCUGUUUUCUGGGACAUUAAAAAUCGUCUUCCUAGAUCCACAACUACCAUUCAGUGGGAGAACAGUUUUGUGAGUGUAUACAGCAAGGAUAAUCCCAACUUGCUCUUUAACAUGAGUGGCUUUGAAUGUCGCAUUUUACCCAAAUGCAGAACGACUCAUGAGGAAUUCACUCAUCGUGAUGGCGUAUGGAAUCUUCAGAAUGAAAUAACUAAAGAAAGGACAGCACAGUGUUUCUUACGAGUGGAUGAUGAGAGUCUUCAAAGAUUCCAUAAUAGGGUUCGGCAGAUCCUUAUGGCUUCCGGUUCUACUACGUUCACCAAAAUUGUGAACAAGUGGAAUACUGCUCUAAUUGGUCUAAUGACUUACUUCAGGGAAGCUGUAGUCAACACUCAGGAGCUUCUUGAUCUGCUGGUCAAGUGCGAAAAUAAAAUUCAGACUAGGAUUAAGAUUGGACUGAAUUCAAAAAUGCCUUCAAGAUUUCCUCCUGUAGUCUUUUAUACUCCAAAGGAAUUGGGUGGACUUGGUAUGCUGUCCAUGGGACACGUACUUAUUCCUCAGUCUGAUUUAAGAUGGUCCAAGCAAACUGAUGUGGGAAUAACUCACUUUCGGUCUGGUAUGAGCCACGACGAAGAUCAGUUAAUUCCGAAUUUGUAUAGAUAUAUUCAACCAUGGGAAUCUGAGUUCAUUGACUCUCAAAGAGUUUGGGCUGAGUACGCACUCAAGAGGCAGGAAGCUAACGCACAAAAUCGUCGAUUGACUCUUGAGGAUUUGGAGGAUAGUUGGGAUCGUGGUAUACCCAGGAUAAAUACCCUCUUCCAAAAGGAUAGACACACCUUGGCUUAUGAUAAAGGCUGGAGGAUUCGUACAGAGUUCAAACAGUAUCAAGUAUUGAAACAAAAUCCAUUCUGGUGGACCCAUCAGCGCCAUGACGGAAAGCUCUGGAACUUGAAUAACUACAGAACAGACAUGAUUCAAGCUCUUGGAGGAGUUGAAGGUAUCCUCGAGCACACGCUUUUUAAAGGAACAUAUUUCCCAACCUGGGAAGGUCUUUUCUGGGAGAAGGCAUCUGGCUUCGAGGAAUCCAUGAAAUAUAAAAAAUUGACUAAUGCACAGCGUUCUGGUUUGAACCAGAUUCCAAACCGUCGAUUUACACUUUGGUGGUCACCUACCAUCAACCGUGCCAACGUCUACGUAGGUUUCCAGGUACAGCUGGAUUUGACUGGAAUUUUCAUGCACGGUAAAAUUCCAACUUUGAAGAUUUCCCUUAUUCAAAUUUUCCGUGCCCAUUUGUGGCAAAAGGUCCACGAGUCCAUUGUUAUGGAUUUAUGUCAAGUUUUCGAUCAAGAACUGGAUGCUUUGGAAAUUGAAACUGUUCAGAAAGAAACUAUCCAUCCCAGGAAGUCUUAUAAGAUGAAUUCUUCCUGCGCUGACAUUUUACUAUUCUCAGCAUACAAAUGGAAUGUAUCAAGACCGUCCUUACUUGCGGAUUCAAAAGAUUUGAUGGACAACACAACAACUCAGAAAUACUGGAUCGACGUGCAACUUCGCUGGGGUGAUUACGAUUCUCACGACAUUGAAAGAUAUGCCAGGGCCAAAUUUUUGGAUUACACCACCGAUAACAUGUCAAUUUAUCCGUCACCUACUGGACUACUGAUAGCCAUUGACUUAGCCUACAACCUGCACAGUGCAUAUGGAAAUUGGUUCCCUGGUUGCAAGCCACUGAUACAACAGGCGAUGGCUAAGAUUAUGAAAGCUAAUCCGGCCUUGUAUGUGCUUCGUGAAAGAAUUAGAAAAGCUCUUCAAUUAUACUCCUCGGAACCUACCGAACCUUAUUUAUCUUCACAGAACUAUGGAGAGCUCUUCUCAAAUCAGAUCAUUUGGUUCGUCGAUGACACCAACGUAUAUCGUGUCACAAUUCAUAAAACCUUUGAAGGAAAUUUAACAACAAAACCAAUCAAUGGAGCCAUCUUCAUUUUCAAUCCAAGAACUGGGCAGCUCUUCUUGAAGAUCAUUCACACUUCAGUAUGGGCAGGUCAGAAACGUCUAGGUCAGCUGGCCAAAUGGAAGACUGCCGAAGAAGUUGCAGCCUUGAUUCGCUCUUUACCAGUUGAAGAACAACCAAAACAAAUUAUUGUAACGAGAAAAGGAAUGUUGGAUCCGUUGGAAGUCCAUUUAUUGGACUUUCCCAAUAUUGUGAUCAAGGGUUCAGAACUUCAAUUACCAUUCCAGGCUUGUUUGAAGGUUGAAAAAUUCGGCGACCUCAUUCUUAAAGCCACGGAACCACAAAUGGUCUUGUUCAAUCUCUAUGAUGAUUGGUUGAAGACAAUAUCCUCUUACACAGCCUUCUCCAGAUUGAUCCUUAUACUUCGUGCUCUUCAUGUGAACACAGAAAGAACCAAGGUGGUUUUAAAACCAGACAAAACUACCAUAACUGAACCACAUCACAUCUGGCCUUCCCUGACAGACGAUGAAUGGAUCAAGGUUGAAGUUCAGCUGAAGGAUCUGAUCCUGGCAGACUACGGCAAGAAAAACAACGUCAAUGUCGCAUCCUUGACGCAAUCCGAAAUCCGUGAUAUCAUUCUUGGUAUGGAGAUAAGUGCUCCAUCUGCUCAGCGUCAACAAAUUGCUGAAAUUGAAAAACAAACCAAGGAACAAUCUCAGCUCACAGCUACCACCACGAGGACUGUCAAUAAACAUGGUGAUGAAAUAAUCACUGCGACAACUUCAAAUUAUGAAACUCAAACAUUCAGCUCCAAAACUGAAUGGCGAGUUAGAGCUAUUUCAGCAACAAAUCUUCAUCUUCGCACCAAUCACAUUUAUGUAUCUUCUGACGACAUCAAAGAAACUGGUUACACGUAUAUUCUUCCUAAGAAUGUACUCAAGAAGUUUGUUACCAUAUCAGAUCUUCGAGCUCAGAUCGCAGGUUAUCUCUAUGGUAUAAGUCCACCGGACAACCCGCAAGUGAAGGAAAUUCGAUGUAUUGUCAUGGCUCCUCAAUGGGGUACGCAUCAGACAGUUCAUCUACCAAAUACAUUACCAAAUCAUCAGUAUCUCAAAGAAAUGGAACCAUUGGGCUGGAUUCACACGCAGCCAAAUGAAUUGCCACAAUUGUCACCACAAGAUAUUUCAACUCAUGCACGAGUCAUGGCAGAAAAUCCAGCUUGGGACGGAGAAAAGACUAUCGUUAUUACUUGCAGUUUUACUCCAGGAUCCUGCUCUCUUACUGCUUACAAACUUACGCCCAGUGGAUUCGAAUGGGGUAAACAGAAUACUGACAAAGGAAACAAUCCAAAGGGAUACCUUCCUAGUCACUAUGAAAAGGUACAAAUGUUACUAUCAGAUCGGUUCCUUGGAUUUUUCAUGGUACCCAGUCAAGGUUCAUGGAAUUACAACUUCAUGGGUGUCAGACACGAUCCCAACAUGAAAUACGAAUUACAACUGGCAAAUCCAAAAGAGUUCUAUCAUGAAGUACAUCGACCUGCCCAUUUCUUGAAUUUCUCAAGUCUUGAAGAUGGUGACGGCGUCGGUGCGGACCGCGAAGACAUGUACGCGUAACUAUCUUACGGUGAAGAAUGUAGUUCCAUUUUUAUAAGAGUUGUACUUUAUGGUGCAAAAAGUGACAGUCGAGAUGUUCAACUGCACAUGAAUACUUUUUUUCUUUUAUAUGCUUGUACAUAAUUCUCAUUUCAUUAAUCGAUUCUUUAGAUACGCUCAAGUAUUUACAUAUUUGAGAUAUACUGUGCGAAUGGCGGCAUAAAAGUGUAGCGUUUAUACAGUACGAAGUAAUAGAACGUUCCGAGCUUUUCAUUUCACUUAUUUAAUUAGGAGCUCGAAAUUUUUAAUGGCUGUUUGAGUCCAGUGAAAUCCACAUAUAUUUGUAUUUUUUUCACAGUUAAUUAAUUACCUAAUCUAAAACAAUUUUAUUCUCCAUAUGAAUUUAAUUAAUUAUCAACAAGAUAAGAUUGUACUGGACGUGCGAAUGUACUUUGGCUAAAUAAAUAAAUUAAAGAUAGCAUGA